AUGGGGCAUCAUGUUGCAACUGUCAUCCUCAUUGUAAUGUCUUAUAUUUGUAGAUUUGUGCGUGCUGGUUCUGUGAUUUUAGCUCUUCAUGAUGCAAGCGAUGUGUUUCUUGAAGUAGGAAAGAUGUCUAAAUACAGUGGUGCCGAAGGACUUGCAAGUGUUUCAUUUAUAUUAUUUGUGAUUUCAUGGGUAAUCCUUCGGCUUAUUUAUUACCCUUUUUGGAUUCUACGGAGUACAAGUUAUGAAGUUGUUAUGUUGUUGGAUAAAGAUAAACAUGAUACAUUGAUACCAAUCUACUACUAUAUCUUCAACACCCUUCUUUUCUGCUUGCUCGUUCUUCAUAUCUAUUGGUGGGUGCUUAUAUAUCGGAUGCUUGUUAAACAAAUCCUAAAUAGAGGCAAACUUAGUGAUGAUGUUCGUUCAGAUUCUGAUAGUGAUCAUGAACAUGAAGAUUGAUCAAUCAUUCUUGUAGUAAAAAGGUAAUUGGAUUCGCCAAGAAAGCGAUAGAAUUAUAACAUGCGAAAGAGUUAUUUAAGGGUGAAAGGAAUUUCAGCACGAAAGUUUCGUUCCUUAAUCAAGGCACGUUGUAUAUUUGUAUGAAAUCAAUCAAAUGUUUGAUAUUAUAUAGGGAGUCAAUGUAUAGAAAGUUCAAAUGUAAUGAAAAGUCAACUACAAUGGGUUC